AUGUUCCCCCCGCCCCGGCGAUGGCGAGCCGCGCAGGCCCAACCCCAUGACAUCACCGACCAGCUCCGUUCCCCGGCCGCCGGCCCUGAGACGAGAUCCCGCGGCGAUGACGACGUCGUCUCGCCCCGUCGGCAGCGUGGCCUGUCUUCUUCGAGGGCCGGCGCCACGGACGCCCAAGCGCUCGACGGCGCUGUCGUGUCACCGUACGGGUCAGGCGUCGCCUUGCGCAACAUCGUGUUCCCUGAUCCCGUCGCGUUCAGAUUCCUCGAGGACGACCCCUCGGUGACAGUCAUCGAGCGCCAAAGCAUUCUACGCGGAUACGAACUCUACGUUGUCGAGCAGUGGGCGUGCUCCAGGCAGUCGCCCACCCUCGUCGUUGCCACAUACACCGGCGAUGAGUCGCAUUCCAUCGUCGUCGGUGUCCUCGCCGUCCCUGAAGACGAGAACCUCUGGUCCCCGACGUUGCGCAUAUACUUCAGGGCAGCUCAGCAACACCAUGCCCGACCCAAGGAAACGCCCCUCGGAGAACUCCUCAUUACCAACCUUAGUGGCUUCCCGUCCGCCCUCACCGUGAUCCCAGUCCCAGACGGGGACGUGCGGCAGCAUCGACAGAUCUUUAUCGUCAACGAGAACCUCAAGCGCUUGGGCUGCUCGGGCCGGUCCGGCCUGGCCCUCACCGACCCUACGGAAGCCACCCAGGCAAAGUUCCGGCAACUAUACAAGAUCAGCGACCGAAUACCGUUUCUCCCUUCAGUGGUCGAGCUGGUCAAGCUGUGCCAGGUCGCCCUGUACAUGUUUGAGAAGCUGGACCACGAGUACAUUGACGGGCUCCUCUGCGACGUCACCGAAUCCGCCAUCGGCAACUGGUGGACUGAGAUGGGCGCAGAGCACUACAACUUUGAGCCAACAGACGGGAUCCUUGGCCCCACCACUGUCGCGGCUUUGCUCGGGAUGCUCCUGGGCGCACGAAACAGACUUAACUGGUACGGCGCCCCGGUGUCCAAGGAUGUCUUUGAUAUCGAUAGCACGAAACGGGGUAUCGCCUACUUCCAGAAACAGCACAAGCUCGAAAAGACGCGGCGGCUGGAUCGCCAGACCGUCUUCCGGUUGCAUACAGCCACCGCCAAGGCGGCUGCCGGUGAAGCUCGCGGCGUCCAAAAAGCCGUCAAGUCGACCAUGACAGAAAUCGGUGGAAAGCGAGGAGAGCUCGUUAUGGAUAUGGUGUCCGGCAAAGACAAGGGCGGGGUCGCCGAUAUCGAGACGCUCGAUCUCGACACGUUUGUGAGCCUCGCAUACGGAGAGCGACCCAAGUGGCUGUGGCAUGGAAAGCCUCGCCGAGCAACCGCGGAUCACGUCGACGGCGUUCAGGACACAAAUGCCGUCGUGCCGGGAAAGGCCGACACCGCGAUACAGAACGCUAAGCGCACGCAGUCCCUUCCUUUGGACGAGCAAAUAGACCAGAAGAAGAAAGACGACAUCUCUCUCCUCCACGCCGCUCUAUCUCCAGUUUCCACUACCACGUUGGCAGGGGAUAUGGGGGGCGGCGACCGAGACGCCCUCAGGAAAGCCGUUUUCAAGAGUGUUGCGGGAAAGAUGAGCGACGCUCGGUCAGGCCUGGGACGAAUCAAGGAUGCUGUUGGUGGGAGUAGACGGGGUCAUACAAGCCGACAAUCCGUCUCUGCCAAGGAAGACUUUGCCGAGAGUGGUGCAACGAGCAAUGGCCUCUCAUCUCAGAGCUCUGCGAUGGCUUCGAGCCCGGCCAUCGUAACUCGAGCCUUCACAUGGAAGAACAAGCCGGAAGAAUACCUAGCAGCCUUACGACGUGGGGAAGACGUGCUCCCGGGCAUGUCAGACGACACGCUGGAAAUGGUCUCGUCCGCUGCGGAUUCCAAAUCUAGCAGCAAGAUACCAGACGAGAUGCUGCCCGUCACAGAUCCCGAGUACACGAUGGGGGACAUCGGUAUAGACGUGCGCCAGGACGUGCUGCCCACGACGUUGACUCGCAUGCGCUCCGUGCUCGACGAAUCGGAUCUGCAAGGUCCCUUGCUCGACGAGGAGCGCAAUGGCGACGGGCGCAAGCUCGUGGUGUCGCGAAGGCACAGCUGCGGCGUCUCCGACCUCACCUACAAGCACAUCACCAACGAGAACCGCUGGGCACGCCACAUGUCUUUUGGGGACGCGGAGCAGGCGGUCCUGGCAUGGGACGAAAUUGUCGACGUGAUGGAUCUGAGCGGCGACGUGGAGUGCUUCGGCGCCCGCGCCGAGGAGGCCGCGCACCUCACCCGCCUCGUCGACGACAUCGUCUACGACAUGGAGCCGUGGGUCGAGGAGAAGCUCCGGGUCGUGGAGACGCUCAACGAGCGGUACUCGCGCGACAAGACGGAGCUGCAGAAGCUGUACCACCAGCUCAACGACGCGUGCCAGCGGGUGCGCUACAACUCGGACGAGCUGCUGGCGUCGGAGCGCGCGAGCCUCACCGAGGGCGUCAAGGAGAUUGAGGUGCUGGUUGCGCGCCUCGAGUACGAGAUUGACGGCCUGGUGCAAAAGGUGCACGACGUCGAGGACGGGAUCCAGAGCUUCGAGAGGCAGGUCGAGGACGUGGAGCGCCGCGCCGAGGAGCUCAAGGUGCAGCUCGAGACGGAGAGCUGGCUGCACUGGUUCGUGAGGACGCUGACGGGCGUGGGGACGGGGCCUAAUAUCACGCGCACGGCGGCGCGGUGA